GGUCUUUGGUUUUGUAACUUCAGGACUUCAGGUUGUUGAUGUUGUCAACCCAGUUGAGUUUAAUGGACUAGAGCGUUGUUAUAAUUGAUGCUUUAAGUUUCUGCAGUUGAUAAAUAUGGAAACUAUUCUUGAACAACAAAGGAGAUACCAUGAAGAACGAGAACGAUUGAUGGACGCAAUGGUCAAAGAAAUGUUGCAUAAGAAGUCCGCCUACCGAGAGGUUAUAAAUUCAGACCACCGUUUGAAGAUGCUUCUGGAUCACUACAUGGACAGUACUAAUAAUCUCAGAGAACUUUAUGAAGAUAAAGAUGGACUUAGAAAGGAGGAAGUGGCUGCACUCUCUGGUCCUAACGAAUUUGCAGAGUUUUAUACAAGACUGAAGGCCAUUAAAGAUUUUUAUAGGCGUUUGCCAAAUGAGAUCAGCAUCCCUAUGUCUGUGGAAUUUGAAGAACUGAAUAAACUGCGCGAAAAUCCCUCAGAUGAACAAGCAAACAUGGUUGAGUUUACGGAUGAAGAAGGUUAUGGAAAAUAUCUUGACCUUCAUGAAUGCUAUGAGAAGUACGUCAAUCUUAAGGGUAUAGAGAAAGUGGACUACAUAACAUACCUGACUACAUUUGACCAUCUUUUUGACAUACCAAAAGAUAGAAAAAAUUCGGAGUAUAGAAAGUACUUGGAAUCAUUGCUUGACUACCUCCAUGACUAUAUUCAGCGAAUUAAGCCAUUGCUGGACAUAAAUGCUGAGAUGGAAAAUGUGCAGAAGCAAUUUAAUGCACAAUGGGAAGCUGGAACCUUCCCUGGUUGGCCGAAAGAAACUGGAAGCGCUCUUACUCAUGUUGGAGCUCAUCUUGAUCUCUCGGCUUUCUCAUCCUGGGAAGAACUGGCUUCUCUAGGCUUGGAUCGACUCAAAUCUGCACUUAUGGCUCUUGGACUGAAGUGUGGAGGAACACUUGAAGAAAGGGCUCAGAGACUGUUCAGCACUAAAGGGAAAAAGUCAUUAGAUCCCAAUUUGCUAGCCAAGAACAAACCAGGUAAAGCUGGUCGUGGCAAAGAAAGUGAAAGGCAGAGAGAUAUUGCUGCAUUAGAAGCACAAGUUUACAGGUUCACAGAGUUAGUUUCUGAACAACGAAAUGCUACAAAAGAAAAUGUUCAGCGCAAACAAGCUCGCACAGAAGGAGAACGUGAUGAUUCUGAUGCAGAAGCAAGUGCAAGUGAAUCUGAGGAUGAGGAUGAUACUGAUGUACCAUACAAUCCUAAGAAUUUGCCACUGGGAUGGGAUGGAAAGCCCAUUCCUUACUGGCUGUACAAGCUUCAUGGAUUGAACAUCAGUUACAAUUGUGAAAUAUGUGGCAAUUUUACCUACAAGGGGCCAAAAGCAUUCCAGAGACACUUCGCCGAGUGGCGCCAUGCACACGGUAUGAGAUGUCUUGGAAUUCCAAACACAGCCCAUUUUGCAAAUGUCACACAGAUUGAAGAUGCUUUGGCAUUGUGGGAGAAGCUUAAAACACAGAAGCAGAGUGAGCGCUGGCAACCUGAACAGGAAGAGGAAUAUGAAGAUUCACUUGGAAAUGUUGUUAACAAGAAAACCUUUGAGGAUUUAAAAAGACAGGGCCUUCUCUGAUAUGGUUUAUUAUCAUUGUGUGUGCAUGUGUUUGGCAUGUACGUGCAAGGUUUUAAAUAUUGAUGGAAAAUAUAAUGUUAGAAAGAAAGCAUGGUGGACUUAUUGUUUGUGAGAACUGUCAGUUCUUAUCAACAUGAAAUUCCAUGUUCUAGCUCAGCAUUUAGUUGUGACGUACUGAGUACUGUGUUAAAUUUUGUCAAAUAAGUGUCACAGCUUUUGUUUUUAAAUGUAGCUCAGCUGUCAACAUCUGCAUUAUUGCGAUUUCCUUUUUAUUUUCUCCAGUGUACAAAAUAUUUUUUGUUUGUGUGUACCCUUUUUUAAUGUAAUGUGCAAUUUGCAGUCUUUGCCCUAUAUGACAUGUGUUUACAUUGCUGUACAGUAAUUUCUUCUGGCUUUCACAUAAAAACUGUUCAUACAAUAAUACUGUGUUAUUUUGUUAUUUAAAUAUGAGAGUGAAGACCUGUUGGUUGAAAAUAAGAUGUAAUGGUAUAGGCACAAUUAGUGUGGUUAGAUUAGUCAUUCCUGAGUUUAUGGAUUGUUACAAGCUGGCUAAUAAGGUGGAAGAUCUUUCAAUUUUUUCCAGAGAAAAGUAUG